AUGUCAAAAUUCGAAAAGUUUCUUCAAGAAGGAAAGUGUUGUACAAUAAUGAACUUCGAAUUGUUGCCUAAUCGUGGAAGCUAUCGAGGGAGCUCACACCCUUACAAAAUCAACUUUUUAUUCACAACAUAUGUGAAAGAUUGUGAGGAUAUUCCAAACCUACCGCAACUUUAUAAAUUCCCUAAUUUUUCAGACAUAAAUGCUGGAACUCUUGAUGAAAAUGUCUUCAUUGUUAUUAUUGGUGAGAUUGUGGAGAUGAAAGAGAUUAAAAACGUGACAUAUCGUGGUCGUCCGUCAAGAAUACUAACUCUGCAGCUAAGGGACCUUACGGGUUCGGUUAUCAAUGUCACUCUAUGGGAACAAUUUGCAGAUAAUAUAUUUUGCUAUGCUAAGAGUUCCCCAUUUGGCCCUGUCAUCUUACUUAGUAGUAUGAUGAAGAUAAAUUUGUUUCAUGGAGACAUCUCAAUUCAAAGUUCAAUGUUUGCUACAAAACUCUUCAUUGAUCCUGUAGUUAAAGAGAUUUCUGAAUUUAAAGCAAAGAUGUCUAAAUCAACCAACCCAGAAGUCAACUUUUUUAUCCCACAAUUUACACCUUCAAGUUCCACGCAACUUGCAACAGAAACCUUCCCAUUGUCUAAGCAAAGAACAAUUGCUCAAAUUAGUGAGUUGGCCAAGAAACUUAUUCAAAAGUCUGUUAAUGACUUGCUGGAGGAACAACUUGAGUUCACUCGCUCGGGUCAUUUUCCUCAAGAGCUACUUGAUUUGGAAGGUCGUAACUUUGUUUUCAAAGUUAAACACGCAGACACAACUAUCUACAAAGGAUGUGCAUAUAACGUGGUCAAGCUAACUGACGAUCGUGACACUAUACAAAAGUUUGAACAAAGUUGUUCUGCACUGACUUGCAGUGAUUCUGAGCUAACCCAUGGACCAAUUAUUUCAGCUAGGGCUAUAGAACAGAUUGACACUACUUCUUAUCAAAGCGACACCAAAGACUCGAGUCGCAACUCAAAUGUUCAACAAUNAAACACUGCNGGUGANGAGUCGAACAAUGAGGGAAUACACACAUCUGAGUUUCAAACCUCCACUCCAAGCAACAAACAGACUAUUAAUUUAGCUGAUGAUGAGGAGUUCGAUCAAUCAUCUACAAAANAAAAAAACUUAUCCAGAUCCGUUUNAAAGAGAGUUAGGAANUAA